GGUUAGCUGCUGCGUUAGCUAGCAAGUAGUUUCAAACGCCGGGUAAAGUUUAAGUACAUAACAUCUACUUUAAAGUCGUUCAUUACAUAAACAAUGGACUCAAACUCGUUGUCCUAUUCUUUGGAGCUCGUUGCCGGUAGCGGGUACACUUUAAACGUUGAGCAAAGAACCGCUCUGCAGACCUCGUUGGUGCUCCUGAAGAAGAACUACAAGUUCCAUCGAGUCUUGUUUUGGGGCAAAAUAUUUGGAGUAAAGGAGGAUUAUUUUAUCGCUCAGGGGAGAGGAGAAGAUGAGAUGCAGGAUAAAAAGAAUCUCUAUAGCUUCAACUGCAUGGACUGGUUCCUGCUCCCCCCUGCCACAGACUCUAUGGUCGAGGAAGUGUCCACGGCUGCAAAGGGUCACUUCAUAGGAGACCCCUCAUAUGUGUAUGAGCGUGUUGAGAUCCGCAGGCAGGGAGAGAAGGAUGAGGAGAGGGUAGUGACCAAAGUCAAUGAGGAGAGCAGGCUGGCAGUAGCAGUUCAUCAGAUCGAUGACGAAGUGUCUGUGGUGCCACGUGGUGCCUUCGUCAAGAGUCCACAUGGCCUUGUCCAGAUCAACCGCAGCUUUGGUGGUCUGUCUUUCUCAGAAGCGGGGAAGCUUGACAACUUCCUUCAUUUCCGCAGACCGAAGAAUCUGAAGAAGAAAUCCAUCCUUGAAAUUGGUGAUUUGAACCCAGCUAUUGACUUCUUGGAUGUAGUGAAUGAUGACAUUCCUAAAGGAUCAUGGAGUCUUCAGUUUGAAUGUGCUAGCACAGUGUGCGUGCUUCGCAGCCUGUUGUGGCUUGGCCUGACCUUCUAUCAUGUGCCAAUGACACCACAGCAUGGAUACAUCUAUUUUGGCAAUGGGACCAAGAAUUUGGAUCUUCCUUUCAUGCUAUAAAAAGAGAUCUUACACCUAUUUCAAGCUACCAUUUCCUCAUGUUUCUCUGUUAACCAC